AUGUCGCUGGAAAUUGAGUUCAUCCAGGCGUUGACUGGUGAACGAAUUGGUGCAGUCGCGGCUUCCCUCCCUUGGGCCGCAGAUGUCGAUGAACUUUCCCAUAAGCUCAACCACUCACUGCACGGCUGCAUUGUUCAAAGUUCUGGCGAGCCCCUCUGCCACUUCGUGGACAAGGCAAAGGCAUCAUGCCCGUUGUCGGAACUGAGACUGGUACCAUGCCCUGGCCAGACGAUGUCAACUCUUGUGUUGCCCGUUUUGCGCUCAACCCAGCUGCGUCUGACGAAUUUGCGCACGGUUGAGCUCAUUACCCUGCGGACGGGAUGGCGUAGAUGGUACCGUGAGUUCGCGCAAGCUACUGCUUCCAUGCCUUUGUUGGCUGUCAGCGUGCCCGACUACGUCGCACAGGAUGGAUUCCACCGCCUGGCCGGUACAAACGUCAGGCCGCUCGUAGCCAUCAUUCUGCAGGCUAUCGCGGCAGAGACCCGAACUCGUUGGUUCUUCAGCGCCGGGCGACGACGCCGUAGCUGGGCUGGCUGUCAGCAUGCUUUGGUGAGGCGCACAGGCUUGGCACGGCACCAGGUCAGCGAGUUCAUCAGCAAGUGGCUGCGUGCUCACAGCGUGUGGGUUGAUGUCCUGGUCCAAGCGCUCCAAGCAGAAGUGUCAUACAUCGCAUAG